AUGAGUGCAGCCUUCCCGCCGUCGCUCAUGAUGAUGCCGCGCCCUCUGGGAAGCAGCGCCGCCGCCACGGCCUUCAGCAUAGACUCUCUGAUCGGGAGCCCCCCGCCGCCCUCCCCGGGACACUUCGUCUACACGGGGUACCCCAUGUUCAUGCCCUACCGGCCCGUGGUGCUCCCCCCGCCCCCGCCGCCGCCCCCUCCGCCGCCGCCCCCGCCGCCCCCCUCGCACGCGCUGCCCGGCCUGCCCUCGGGCUUCUGCUCCAGCCUGGCGCAGGGCAUGGCGCUCACCUCCAGCCUCAUGGCCGCCCUCCCCGCCUUCGCCUCCGCCGCCGCCGCCCCGCAGCAGCACCCGCAGCAGCAGCAGCAGCAGCACCCGGACGCCGCCGCCCGAAAGUUCGCCCCGGGACCCUUCGAGAAGGCCGGUGGCGGCGGGCAGGGCGAGGGCGAGGACGCCAGCAAGGCCUUCCUGGCCAAGGAGGGCUCCCUGCUGGCCUUCGCCGCCGCCUCCGAGGCGCUACAGGCCUCUCUCGGCGCGGUGCGGGGCCUCCCUCCCGGAGGGAAGGAGGAGGCCAAGGCGGCGGCGCUGGCGCUGGAGGAGGAGGCCAAGGGCUCCAAAGAGGAGAGCUUCUCCAUGGACAGCGACCUGGACUACAGCUCCGACGACAACGGGGCGCCGGCCGCGUCGGGGUCCAAGGAGGAGGAAGGCCCCGGGCUGGGCCUGGAGGAAGGGGGCCCCUCGCCCCACGGGGCCCACGGAGGGGGAGGCCCCUCGUCCUCCUCCUCCUCCUCGACGGGCAAGAACCGUCGCCGCCGGACGGCCUUCACCAGCGAGCAGCUGCUGGAGCUGGAGAAGGAGUUCCACUGCAAGAAGUACCUCUCGCUGACGGAGCGCUCGCAGAUCGCGCAUGCGCUCAAGCUCAGCGAGGUCCAGGUCAAGAUCUGGUUCCAGAACCGGCGCGCCAAGUGGAAGCGCGUCAAGGCCGGCAACGCCAACUCCAAGACCGGCGAGCCCUCCCGCAACCCCAAGAUCGUCGUGCCCAUCCCCGUCCACGUCAGCCGCUUCGCCAUCCGCAGCCAGCACCAGCAGCUCGAGCAGGCCCGGCCCUGAGGGAGGGAGAAGAGGGGGGGGGGGCGCGAAGAAGGGCAGCACCCCUCCCACCAGGUUCCCCUCCGCCCGUCAGACUGCCCGGACUUUGUAGAUAUAUAGAUAUAUAUAUAUAAAUAUAUUGAAAGUGUAUGUAUGUAUGUAUGUACGGACGUGGAAGGCUGGAACUCAGCUGCGGCCUUUUGACUGUGAGACAGGACCAAAGGAGGCGCCUCUUUCCCGCCGCCCAGGACUGCCCGCCCCCUCUCUCUUUUGCCCUCACCGUGGUUAUUCUUGUGUUUAUUUAUACUCCGCUUUUUCUCCCACAACGAGAUUC